AUGUCGUUCUCCAGGUCAUCGACUGUGACUCUAGGUCGAGAAAAUGCACCCAAUCACCAAUAUCAACUUGAGGAGGACCAUGUUAGACUGGAACCAAUCAACCUUGACCUGUUAGAUGAGGAUUGUGGAGAUCCCUUCCCAAAACGCCUCAUCAUUGCGGUAGACUUUGGUACCACUUACUCAGCAGUUUCCUACGUCGACGUACCCCAAGGAUGUCCAUCAGAUUCUGUCGACUCGAGGUCCAUUCGUUCGAUUGGAAACUACCCCGAGAACUACAACUACCACUAUAAUGAUCCAAUGGGUAUGGAGGUUCCUACCGAGGUGAUAUAUCCCUUGGACCGACACUUUCGCGACCACUUUAAUCUUGAUAAUCCCGAGGAAGAUUUGGAAAACGGUAAUAGCGUUGAGGUAGCUGUACCUGAUGAAGACGGCGAUAUCUCCAUGCUCUCAGACACGCCAGAGGAAUUUCGAUGGGGUUACCGAGUACAUGAAGUCUGGAAUCGUCCAUCUACACACUCUAACACCACCAACCAGCCUUUGUCACGAUUUAAGCUCUUACUUGAUAACAGUGAGAUGACCGAGUCGGUAAGGCGAGAUGUAAGACAGACUAUCAAUACACUCAAAAGAAAAAAUGUAAUCCAAGGGCCCCUUCACGUCAUCGCUGAUUUUCUUACCUACCUUUUGGAGCAUACUCGGUCCCAGUUGCGUCGUCAGGGCUUCGAUGACAGUUACGAAAAAGAAAUGAUACUUUGUGUUCCUGCUAUCUGGACGCAGAAAGCAUGCCGAGAUAUGCAGGCAUGCCUAGAAGUUGCUAUGAAACGAGCCAACUUUACAAGGGCCGAUUUGCAGAACAAGAGCAUUGACAACCUCUUCAUCGUGUCGGAGCCGGAGGCAGCUGCUGCACACAUGCUUUCCACUUCGGCUGAAAUAAAAGCUGGCGAUUGCUUUGUUCUGCUGGAUGCAGGUGGCGGAACUGUCGAUGCGAACACAUAUCGAGUCAGCAGGGAGGAGCCAUUGAGGCUAGAGACCGAGAUAGUGGCUCCUGGAGGUGGCCUGCAUGGAUCUAGUUAUCUGAAUGAAGGUUUUCGGGACUAUCUCAAAGAUCUCCUAGCUGAGGAAACGUACCUCAACGAUGGCAUCGAGACCAUUCAUGGAAUCAUUGAGAGAAUAACAUUCGAAGAAUUCGAAAAGAGGAUCAAGCGGGGCUUUGACUAUAACCAGCAAACGUCGAGGAAGGAGAUUUAUAUAAGAGGACUUCGUGAUAACCCUGCCAAGGGUUUCAGAAAUGAAUGCAUUUACAUUCCGAGACUCAAGAUUCGAGACAUCUUUUUCAAACAUCUACAUCCUAUAGUUGAGAUUGUGAAGAGCCAACUCGACGAAGCAAGGGGCAAAGGAUACACCGUUGGGAAAGUUGUUCUCAUUGGAGGAUUUGGAACCUCAAUCUCACUCAGCCAGAUGUUACAAGAGUUCUUGGAGGAAUACAGUCGGGAACAUAGUUGCCGCGUCACAUUGAUGGAACCUCAGCAAGGAACUUCAAUCAUCAAUGCGGUAGCAUCAGGAGCUGUCCUCAGAGCUCUGAACAAGGCGAACGGGCCGGAGAGAAUAGCUCGUUCAAGUUAUGGCAUAUUGCGAACUGAGCCUUUCGGACAGUACCCUGAGCACGCAGGUCUGAAGCCGUCCUAUGACCGUCAUGAUGGGAUGCCAUACAUUAAGCAAACGAUCGAUUGGGUUUUGAAGCUAGGAGAAAGAGUUCCAUCAGUAUGGCAGUGUGAGCCCUUCACCUGCAGUCAUACAUUCGACGUCUGGCCUGUCCGCCCCUUUAUCUGCAAAGAGAUACUCUACGUGUCAGACCGUGCGACAAGAUCGCACUAUAGAAGAACUCAUCCCAAUAACCAAGGUGCGGAGUAUGUUGGCGAAAUCGAGGUAGACUUCUCUUCUCUUCGAGAUCGGUUAGUCCCAAUUGAGCCUAUUGUUAAUAGGAAUCAACAAAAGGUUGGGAAAAGACAUUACAGGAUCGACUUUACGAUGGCCAUUAAGGUUGUGGAUCGCGACUUGGAAUGUUUUGCGAUCCACGACCAGAAGGUAGUUAAAAAAUGUCGCAUAAAUAUCGCAUCUGGUUUCAGACCUGGAGUUAAAUAG